GUUGAUGGUAAACCAACUCUCUUUCUGACCUCUCAUUUUGCAAAAUACACAAGUUAAUUAAGCCAGCUGGAUUUUUCUUUUUUGAGCCGAUAAGUACCAUUUUUAGCAAUAGACUGACAAAUGAGACUAUCACUACAUCAGCGCAAAGACUUUUCGGCCAAUUUUAUUUUUCUGGAUCAAAAAUCUUAAAGUCGGUAUCUUUGACUAGAUUGUUACUUCAGUCAACUAUCGCCGCAUUCACUUGCUGGCCAGCUGCCAGCGUGCGAGGGAGGAAACACCGCUUGUAAACAUCGUAUUUGGCGGGUUUUGCUCUGUCGAGUUCCGCACUUUCUUAGGUUUGGUGCACCUUUGGUUUUGGUUAGCUUUCGCGUUUUUUGUUGAGGUUUUAUACAAUACCUGUACUAUGGAACUCCCUUUUCGCAACUCUGGCCUAACUGCCUUCCAAUCCACCUCACUUUUGUUAAUCGAUAUCAUUGCCGUCGGAGGAAACGGUUUUAUUUGCAUGGCAACUGCACGAAAUCCCAGCCUUCGCACGAGCACAAACUUGUGGGUGACCGCAUUGGCUGUUGCGGACUUGAUCCGUUCUUGUGUCGCUGCACCUCUGACAGUGGCAACUUUAAUUUGUGGUCGAUGGAAUUAUGGAUCCGGUGGUUGUAUCAUUCAAGGAUUUUUCACGUACUAUCUAACCCUGGUCUCCCUCCUUACUAUGGCGUUCAUGGCCGUCAACAGGUACUGCAGAGUGGUUAAACCGUCUCUCUAUUUGAAGAUUUUCACUAGAAAGCGAUGCGUCACAGCUCUGAUAUUCCUGUGGACACUAAUGGCUUUGACAGUGUCAUUUCCUGUGCUGGUUGGAUGGGCAGAAUUUGCUUUUCACGGUGGUUACGCAGCUUGCGUCUUGCAUUUCCAUAAACCAAGUCUCACUGUGAUAUUUUUAACUUUGGACGCCGGCCUUAUUUUAAUUCCAUGCACUCUUACAAUCGCCGGUUGCUACUUCAAAGUAUCACGAGCAGUACGUGAACAUAACGAUCAGGUCGUAUCAUCUCUCCAGGGAACCUUAAAGUCGAACUCCCAACUUAUAAACCGAGCGGGCGUCGAGGAAAUUCGCGUCACGAAAACACUUUUCUUACUAGUUUCAACGUUUACUCUUUGCUGGAUUCCAGCCUAUGUAAUCGGGUUUUUAAGCCGUGGCAAUUUGGUUUACAUCUCUCCUCAAGGUGCCCUUGCUGUUACAUUUCUUGUGGGUCUGAACUCCGCUUGUAACCCCUUUAUAUACGGCUACAUGAAUCGUUCGUUUCGAGUCGAGCUUUGGAAGCUUAUCCCUUGUAAAAAGAACGAAAACCAAGUUGUUCCGCACGUUCAUUCGAAGGACACUUCACCGCAGUCUUACACAAAGAGCCUUCCUGUCGUUGUAUCUACCUAGAGCUUAAAAAUGAUAUUCCCAGAAACACAUUCAAACGAUGAAAACUAGAGAUGAAAUCUGCUGAUCAUGAUAUUGCUGUCAUAUGGCUCAACAUUCAAUGUAGUGUCGAGAAAACUAGUUAACGCAACCAAACAAGGCGUCUAACACGCGAUUCUCAAGAGGAAAUGCCACAACACAGAGAAACAAAACUUUACAGAUGUUCGCAACUGUCAAAUGUGUCCUUUGCUAUCGUUACUGGUUGCAUUUGCCGCACUCGUUGCCUUAGAGUAACCACUGUUAACAGUAAACGGUAACCACUGUUUUCUACUUAUCUUUAUCAAUAAGUUUCAAAUCAAACCUGUUUUUCUCGAUUCAGAAAAUUUCGACGCAGAACAAACCCCACGUCAAUGAAAUAUUCAAAUAAUUCAUCAAAACGUA